CCUCGAAAUCUCUACCUUCGUCCACAAAAAUCAGUCUAUUUCUUGUUAAUAUUGAGUUCGUAUCUAGUUAAAAAAAAAAAAAAAAGGUAAUCGGUUUGGGAGAAAGAAGCAAAGGAGAAAAAUGGCAGCAACAUUUACAACCCCAUCGACGGUGAUAGGCCUCGGAGGAUCAUCUGUUUCUCCCAGACCCUUCUCUUCAUCUUUCUUAAAACCAACAUUAAGAGCAAAGAACCCUCUGAGACUCGCCGGGGCAUCGGGGGGAAGAUUCACAUGCUUUGAGAGGAACUGGUUGAGGAGAGAUCUGAACGUGGUGGGAUUUGGGUUGAUCGGAUGGCUAGCUCCGUCGAGCAUUCCGGCGAUAAACGGGAAGAGUCUGACGGGUUUAUUCUUCGACAGCAUUGGAACUGAGCUCGCUCAUUUCCCAACUCCUCCAGCUCUCACUUCACAGUUCUGGUUGUGGUUGGUUACGUGGCACUUGGGCCUCUUCCUCUGCCUCACCUUCGGACAAAUCGGAUUUAAGGGCAGGACUGAGGAUUACUUCCAAAAAUAAUUCAUGCCUCUACUAUAUCAUUUGUACUAUAUCUCACUCUGUCUUUGUCUCUCUCCUUUGCAGCGUUCUCUGUGUAGUACCAUUACUCAAAACAAAGCUUUCUAAUUUCUUUGGUAUUUGAUGUUUCGUUCAAUAUCGAUAAAAGUGUUUCUUCAUGAUCUUGAUUCUAA